AUGCUGUCCUUCAACCAAAGUAUCAUCCACCCUGCAUUCUUUUUGCUUACUGGUGUCCCUGGUUUUGAAGCUUAUCAUGCCUGGAUCUCCAUCCCCUUCUGUUGUCUCUAUGCAGUUGCUAUAUCUGGGAAUGGUAUGAUCUUGUUUGUCAUCAUUAGAGAGUCAAGCCUCCAUGAACCCAUGUACUACUUCCUCUCCAUGCUAUCCUUCACGGACCUGGGGCUGUGCUUCUCCACAUUGGUCACCAUGCUGGGUAUUUUCUGGUUUAACGUUCGAGAAAUCAGCUUUGAUUCCUGCAUUGCUCAAAUGUUCUUUAUUCAUGGUUUCACAUUCAUGGAGUCCUCGGUACUUUUGGCAAUGGCCUUUGAUCGUUUCAUAGCCAUCUGUAACCCACUGAGAUAUGCCACCAUUUUAACUACUUCAAGGAUCAUCAAAGUGGGCUUUGUUAUCAUUAUUCGGGGUACCACAGCUCUAGUGCCUUUACUCUUGCUCCUAAAGCGUCUGUCCUUCUGCCGUAGUCAUGUUCUGCACCAUUCAUAUUGUUUUCACCCGGAUGUGAUGAAGCUUUCCUGCACGGACACCAAGAUCAACAGUGCAUUUGGUCUAACCAUUGUCAUCUCCACUGCUGGUUUGGACUCUGUCUUGAUCCUCCUUUCCUAUGUCCUGAUCAUCCACUCUGUGCUUAGCAUUGCCUCCCCAGAAGAACGGAAAAAGGCAUUUGGUACUUGCGUCUCCCAUAUAAGUGCUGUUGCCAUCUUCUACAUUCCCAUGAUCAGCUUGUCACUGGUGCAUAGAUUUGGGAAGCAUGCCCCUCCCCUUGUGCACACUCUCAUUGCCAAUGUUUAUCUGCUUAUCCCUCCUGUAAUGAAUCCCAUCAUCUACAGUGUGAAGACAAAGCAAAUUCGCAAGGCCAUACUCAAAAUAUUCCUUUCUAAGGCAAUUUAG